AUGUUUCGUAUCGAAAUUAGCCAAUUGUAUUUUCCAUUAUGCCAAUAUUCAUCCACAAUCACUGAUAAUCGUAUAGUUUUCGAUAAUACAUCAUAUUUUAUUCAUCACUAUCCUGAAUUUAUCUGUCCACAAAAUUUCCGAAAUUUAGCUGAUUGGAUUUAUAGUUGGCCUAAAAAUAUAUCCAAUGAACAUAUUGAAAAUACUGUUAAUGAUAGUUAUGUGAUUGUACCUAAUCUUCCACAUGGUAGCAUUAUCUAUAUUCAACCUAAUGGUAUUUUUACCUUUUUCCGAAGAAUUUAUCCGUAUCUACAGAAUAAAUUUGUAUUAAUUACUGGACAAAGUGAUUAUUCAGUACCAAGUCAAUAUCUUGAUUAUCUUGAAAAAUCCAAUUCAAAAAUUAUUCAUUGGUUUGGUCAAAAUGGAGAUAUCAACCCGUCGAAAAGUGAACGCUUUACUCAUAUACCAAUUGGUAUCAAUUGUUUUGAAAUGGCAGAAAGUAUUCGAAAUAUUCAUCGACAAUAUCACAAUUAUACUCUUCCAUCGAUAGUCAAUAAUAGUAUUGAUGAACCACUUCAUUAUAUACAACCAUUCGAUAUUACACAAAGUGUUUUAAAUAGUAAUAAUCAAUCUGAUAAAUUACUUCUUCUCAAUUUUCAUCCUUACAGGGAACUAGAUAAAUUACGUCUAAAAUUAUGGAAAAAUAUUUGUGGAAAUAAAAAAAAAUAUUCAUUUGCUAUAUGUUUUGAUAAGCCUUUAGGAGUAAAUAUUUCAAGUUUACCAACUAUCUAUAAGCGAAAUCGUCAAUAUCCAUUAUGGUUAUCACCUCGUGGUAAUGGAAUUGAUUGUCAUCGAACAUGGGAAGCUCUCUAUCUUGAUGCUAUUCCAAUUGUUUGGCAUUCAACACUUGAUUCAUUAUAUACAAAUUUACCUAUUAUAGUUAUUAAUGAUUGGAAUGAAAUUAAUGAACAAUUUCUUCGAAAUAAAUUAUAUGAAAUAGCUUUAAAAAAACUUCAACAACCACCCGUAUCUUCGAAAAAUCAAGUAUCACCAAAACAAUUACGAGAAGAAACUCAUUUAUCAAUACACAUAAGUUAA